AUGUCCAGCUGGUCAACAACACCAUCCACCGGUAGUGUUCCGAUGCUAUCGUGCGGUGCCGGGCCGAAAUCUGACAGGGAAGCUUUCCCAGGACAAAGCGAGGAACCAGAACCUAGCCUGCCACCGGCCUCAACCGAGGCUUGCCCUUUUUCAAGUUUCGCUGGAAGCUCACUAGUGGAGCCUCACGCUACGGUGGCGCAUAGGGAGAAUAUCGUCCGGAUAAAGAAAAUGCGUAGUAACGGUGGCCCUAGACCCGCAAUGACUACCGUUUGGCAAGCCUAUUCGAACACGCGCCAUGAUCAAGAUAAGGUAUCCCUCACUGCAGGAUCAUACUUUGGCGAGACUCGACUGCUUGGACAAAGGAGAGUGAAGUUCGUCAGCCGACCCCCUGCGUCGUCAAGGUUUGCUUCCGCUCCCGUCACGAAACCCCAGUCUUGCACGCAAUCUGCUGCAGACUUCAUUAGCUCGAAGCGAAGCUCAAUUCCAAACUGUCCAGAGCCGGACAGCACUUUCAUCGUAAAGCGCUUCACAGAGGAUUGGUUACAGCUGAAAACUGAAGAGGACCGCACCGCCUUAUGUCUUCUUUACUUUGAGAAGACCGUCGAGCAGAAACCAGGGCAGAUAGCAGAGAGGGCUCUCGAACUGAUUCUCACACUUCCCAAGAGAGAUGCCACUGCGACCCGUAGGCGGAUCUUUAUGCUUGUCUUGGAUUGGUUCAGGAAGCACGAGUGGCAGAUAAACGAGCAGCGAAGAAUACUUACACCCCGAAACGGGACUCCCAAGAGGACCGAAUGGUGGCAGAGCAUUCCUCAUCUCCCUCGAGGCUCGGGUUGA